AUGAUGACUCGUCCGACCGGAUAUCAAAUGGCCCUAGUCCGCAUCAGGAUACGAUUCCAAGUUUUCUCCCUCCGUGCACGACACGUGGCGGACAACGGGGUGUGCAUGCGCAUGGCUGUGCUACCCUCCCCACCCCUCCCCCCACCCCUCCUCCACACUUCCAUCAUCCGCUCCAUCUGUACGUCCAAAACACCCAGCUCUGCUAGUUACCGUUUCGUCCUGAGACGGCGUGCUACAACCAACAAGCCAUUCACAUUGGUGAGAUGGACACCAGCUGUGCUGCGUGCCUGCACCUAG